AUGGAUCCAUUUCGCAAAAUCCCAACCGAGAUCAUCCUUCUGAUCCUAAAGUCAUGCUGUGAUUUCACCAGCCUCGACGGUCUCCUGCAAAUGUCCCCGGUGGUCAACGACGUGUUCACCUGUUUCUAUGCGGAGAUCACAGAGGCAGUGCUGCUGUCUUGUCCAAUGACCGGCCAUGGGAUUGAGGAGGAGUUCAAGCUCCUAGUUGCCAUAUCCUCAAAAACGACCUUCACGCCGUCGGCAAUUCUUGACUUUCUUCAACGCACACCAGGAGAUCCGUUUCCACCUGCCUUGGAGGCAUUCCAAUCAUUCCGAUCACUAGACUCAGACGCAGCACCCAGGCGAGUCGUGUCGACAGCGGCCAACAUCCAUCGUCUAGCUUGUGCCUGUCUUGACACUUUUAUCCACCGCAUCAAGACAACGACGCCAUCCCGCGCAACCGUGUCUGACGGUAAACUUUACAGUUGGCUAUUUGAGCAAGCGCCGGACCCUCCAGCAGAGCCAUUCCAAUCCAAAGGCACCCAUCACCCACGCUGGGUGGAGCAAUACCGAGUACACCGUGUCUUGUGGGCGAUCCAGAUCUACAGUGAACUUUGUGCCGCAGCAGAGAAGCGCUGGUCCUGGUCGCAAGACGAUAUAGAUCAACUAUUCGACAAGGAUGUAAGAAUGGCCAAUUCAGUUCUUCUGCGCGAGGACGAAGUCCCAGCAAUAACCGAGUGCUUGAACGAUUUAUCUUCUACCCCCUUAUUACCAGUCCACGUCAAAUUUCCGGCACUGACUCACCUACCGUCUCCGGAAAAUCUGGCUGUGAAGUCAUGCUGGGCGUUGCCUAGUGUCCCUCUGGCCCGAGGAACAAUUUCUCCAGAAACGCACCCCUGGGGAAACACGAUAAGCGGUGGGCGAAGUCACGGCAAAGGAAUGGGGUUUUAUGGUCGGUUUGGCGGUUCAUGGAAUAAUCCGAGAAGUCCUCUUUGGCGAUGCGAUACCCGGGCCUUUAGGCGCCUCGGUAUUAUUUUUUGGGAUCAGUGGCGAUUGUAUCAAAUGGAGUUGAUCCAACAGUCACAUAGAGCCCUCACACCUGAAGGAGAAUAUGUUGGGGGGACGAAUGAGAGAUCCAGUCUGGCCAUCGCUUACGUAUGGUUCAGUCUGGCGAAGAAUGGAUAUCUGAGGGAGCAUCCCAUCAAUCCUUUCGCCGAAAAUCCACUUAAUAUAUGGCUUUGUUGA